UUAGUCUGCGGCCGUCGCUCGCGAGGGUUGCGCUUUGUUGCUGAAAAGCUGGCUAGUUGUCCCGCGAACGCGCUGCAGUCAGUUUCUUGCUUCGACAACGUUUUUCCGUCAAUAAAUCGAAAAGAAACUUCGAUAAAUUUGCCGUGUUACGUUUACUCGAUCGUGUCUACGAAGUGUCGAAUCCAACGAAAAUGCCGCAAUAAUAUUCAACGAAAACGCGAAUAUUCGAAGCUACACCGUGUCCCGUGUCGCGCACAGUUCCAUAAUGAACGUUGACGUUGCCGGCUCGUUGCGCGAUAAAAAAUGUCCGGCAAUGGGGCGGUUGCACGUUCGCGAAACGUGAAAUCAACGUUUCGCGUGAGGCGGCCCCGAUAAUCAGAUUAUACGGCGAUUUCAACGGAAGGGAACGCGGCUUUAAAACACGAUUACUCGGCCGUGCUCUCGCGAUUAGAUUAUUUAUCGCGACGCCGGCGAAGCAGCGAGAGAGCUAGAAAAGUAUCGGUGGGAAGUGUCUCUGGCGUCGUUAGCAUGGCAAAGUGGGACAGUUCGGAAUCCGAGUGCUCGGAGGCGGAGGACUCAAAUGAGUUAGGGGCCAUCGUCAGCCCCGAGAUCUGCGCGAUGGACUCUGUGGACAGUGCCAGCAAGCGGCAAGCUACUCGUGUCUUCAAGAAGUCGAACCUGAAUGGGAAGAUCACGGUGUACCUCGGCAAGCGGGACUUCGUCGAUCACAUAACCCACGUCGAUCCAAUCGACGGGAUCGUGCUGAUUGACCCGGACUACGUGAAGGAUCGCAAGGUCUUCGGCCAUGUUCUGGCCGUGUUCAAAUAUGGCAGGGAGGACCUGGACGUUCUCGGCCUGUCGUUCCGCAAAGACCUCUACCUCGCCGCCGAUCAAAUCUACCCGGUGGGGCCCGGCUCGCAGCAGAGGGAGUUGACACGGUUGCAAGAGAGGCUGAUCAAAAAGCUCGGCAGCAACGCGUACCCGUUCUACUUCGAGCUGCCACCCCAUUGUCCCGCGUCGGUCACGCUGCAGCCCGCCCCCGGUGACACCGGCAAACCAUGCGGCGUCGACUACGAAUUCAAAGCGUUCGUAGGUGAGACGCAGGACGAGAAACCGCAGAAACGAGAUUUCGUCAGGCUGGCGAUACGAAAGAUCAUGUACGCGCCCUCGAAGCAAGGCGAGCAGCCUUCCGUCGAGGUUAGCAAAGAGUUCGUGAUGUCGCCGAGCAAGUUGUACCUGGAGGCGUCCCUCGACAAGGAGCUGUACCAUCACGGCGAGAACAUCGCCGUGAACGUGCACAUAGCGAACAAUAGCAACCGGACUGUGAAAAAGAUCAAAGUGUCCGUGAGGCAGUUCGCGGACAUAUGUCUGUUCUCCACGGCGCAGUACAAGUGCACGGUCGCCGAGGCGGAGAGCGAUAUAGGGGUAGCGCCAGGAUUCACCCUGAGCAAGGUCUUUUCUCUAAGGCCGACGCUCGCUGACAACAAAGACAAGCGAGGUCUUGCUCUAGACGGUCAGCUUAAACACGAGGACACCAAUCUAGCAUCUAGCACAAUGGAGGGGUGCCCGGUGGGGCCAGGUUUCACGCUGAGCAAAGUGUUCUCUCUGACACCGCUUCUCGCCAACAACAAAAAUAAGUGGGGGCUAGCCCUCGACGGCCAGCUCAAACACGAGGACACCAAUCUGGCGUCCAGCACCCUCGUGGUGGAUCCCUCGCAACGCGAGAAUCUCGGGAUUAUCGUCCAGUACAAAGUGAAAGUGAAGCUCUGUCUUGGGGCGCUCGGAGGUGAAUUAGUGGCGGAGCUGCCGUUCAUACUGAUGCACCCUAAACCGGAAGAAGAGCAAUCGGCGCCAUCGACGGCACGGCCAAGCCCGACGCAGAAGGCGGACAGCGGCGAAAUACCGCUCGACACGAACCUCAUUCAGCUGGACACAGAGGCGGACGGCGACGACGACAUAAUCUUCGAGGAUUUCGCGCGUCUCAGGCUGAAAGGGUAGACGGAGGCCUGACCAAGUCGUUCCGGCACUAUCGACCUGUACCAAACAGCGAAACGUCCAAUGUUCCAGAACUCUGUAUCGCCGAUGAAGCUAAUUUUAUAAGAGUAUCACGACUCGAUGGGGAGGAGGAUUCAACCAGGGAACCGUACCAUCGGAAUGGUACACGCACGAGCAUCGCGAGAGGCGAGAUCGAGGAUCGAUCGGGACCUACCGCUCCACGCGUCGCGAUCGCCGUUCGUUCGGAACGUUGUCAUUUUCCAAACGAUCGUUUCUUACCCGACACGAGACGACAACACGCUUAGAAUGGUACUAAUCGUUGCACAAAGGAGAACAAUUGAAAGAAAAAGGAAAGCGGUGGCCGGACAUUCGGAGCAGAGAUCGGCGAACACUCGUCGCGACGGAGCUACUUUACGCUUUGACGCAUUCUUUCGUGGCAAGUAACGAGGCAUCAAAGACUGAACACACCGUUGCAAGAGGAUACACCGAAAAAUGAAGAAAACAUAGCUGAUAACGUAUUUAUUCUAGCUGUAAUCGGCCGCGAGCGGCGGAUCCACGUUUCGGGGACCGUUAUUCGUUUUUAGAGUCGAUGGGCGAACACUAUAUUUUCUCGGGGCAGCGGAGCGAAGUCUCUGAAUAGGGGACUAUAAACCGACAGUCGUUUCUGUAACUUUAAUCACAUGGCCAGUAUAGAGCGUAAUCGCGCAGCCAGUGUUACACGUUGAAAAUUUAUCCAUGUCGACCGUAGACAGUCGCAAGUUCGGUGAGAUCAUUCGGGGAAAACAGAAGAUGGCCGUCUCCUUAGGGCCGGGCACGACUAUUAUUUAUUUGUUGUCCUAGAACUGUUGUAGUUUUAUUUCGUUGUAGACCAUCCUCCGGAUGAGCGUACACUUCGUGCGUUCCCUUUUCCGUUCACUGGAUUCUUUUCGUUGUCCUGAUGGAUCAAGGUCAGCGCAGGUACUACUCAAUUAAUCUGUUACUCGGGGGACAGCCCCCGACGAACGAAGUCGAAUUAAACGAACGAAAUCUAUUGUAAUCGGGACUGAUGAAAGAGUUUCUCUCGCGCGGAGACCACGCGCCCGUAGUCCUAGCCGCGCGACACUGUAAAAAGAUGAUCGCGAGAGCCUUCGAAGGUUUCACGAAUUUCUAGUUAGGAGCGUCGUUCGAGCGAAUCGGUCGCAAUGUUCGAUCCUUUCGACCGACGUUCACGUUUUUUCGGCCGGUGAACGGUCUAGCGACACGGUCCUAUCAGCGACCAGCCGAGAAGGGUUGUGCGGCCGAUCUUCGCAUUUCAAUAAUUGUCGGAACAACGCGUCGCGUCGAUCCUAGACGGGUCUCAAGCGUUCGACGUUUUUAAAACGCGAGGUUCGCACGUUUCGAGCAGGGCCGUUCUUUUGUAUUAAUCGAAUUAACGCGCACGUCGGAUUGCUUUUCUGCGAGGCAUCGCAACAAAUUCAACGAAUCCUACUUAAACGUUACGAUAAAUGAAUGUACACGACACGCGCAUUACACACACACACACACACA